UUAGGUAAAAGCCCGGUACCCGUGCACUGUAUAGUCGAAGCAAUUCACAGUAUUGUUGACAACCGCGUAAAUUUACGAGAAAAGUGGCCGAGUCCUCACGUAGAGAUCGACACUUACGUCAUUAUUCCAGCAUCUGUGCCAUUUCAGGAUCUAGUAGGUGAGGCUCUAGUCCGUCUGGGCUACCCCGCUGAGAUGAUACCAAGCGCCCGAGGGAGCAUAAUCGUAAAAAACUGGCGACCAUUACCGAUGGAGAAGGUUGCUGACGAGCCAACACGGUCUGUCGCGGAAAUUCUGGCUGAGUUAACAACCGUCGCGACUUUGAGGAUCCAGAUUUUGAGGUCCCAGCCUCCACCUGCGAGUCCGGCCGCGGAAGUCAAAGAGAAACUUCUGGGGCUGCUGAUACUCCACAGCCACGCAUUACUUGCCUCCGCGGGCUGCCCUCUCGACGAGAGGACACUAGCGUCGCUAGUCCGCGGUAGCAGCGAGAUAUCAGAAGAAACUCGUCGAGUUUUUCUAUCAUGGUUCCAGCAGCAACAUUCACUAGCUCUAGGACCUCCACCAGCCAACUCUUUACUUUCCAGCUGCAAUAACAACCGACAAUUGCACAAUCAGAGUCCUCUGGACACCGGGGGAGGCGUGGGCCCGCCCCACUCGCACGGACACCACCCCGCGAUGCUCCCCUAUUCACACAAAACGCGAAUGCGGACGAGUUUCGACCCCGAAUUGGAGCUCCCGAGACUGCAACGGUGGUUUGCGGAAAACCAGCAUCCCUCCCGACAGCAAAUACAGCGAUACGUCACGGAGUUGAACUCACUGGAGUCGCGUCGCGGGCGAAAGCCUUUGGACGUCAACAACGUUGUAUACUGGUUCAAGAAUGCGAGGGCUGCUCAAAAAAGGGCUGAGAACAGAGGAAUCAAUGGGUACAGUCCACCAGGACUCAGUCCACGUGGUGCUAGCAUUGUUAGUGAAGACUGCUCUGAUGAAGAAGAUGAUUCUAGACAUCAGUUAAACUCAGAAUCGCCAUGCCUGGCAGGUAGUCCACCAGUAGUAGGCCCCCUGUCUCUGACAACUCGAUCAGAAGACCGGCUAGUGAUACCAACGUCAACACCGACCCCCGUAGCAACAGCAACAUCCACUCCAGUCGUGAAGCGCGAGGAAGAUUCCGCGAUGCGAGUCUCAUCAGGUUCUGACGACGAAGAUUCGCCUCCCGGAGUUCCAACGACUCCGAUCCCUCCGGGGUUCUCUUUGGUGCCUAGCCCGAUGUUCAGCCACAGUAUCAUGUACAUGUCUCACUACCUUCCAACCCGCGGUGGACCCGCUAGCUGUCCUACGAGUCUUCUCGACGAACGAAGGAAGAGAAACAGAACAUUCAUUGAUCCCGUCACUGAAGUUCCCCGCCUUGAGAAUUGGUUUGGCCACAACACUCAUCCCAGUCACGCGCUGAUAUUAAAAUAUACAGAGGAAUUAAAUAGAAUGCCAUAUCGUCAAAAAUUUCCACGACUCGAGCCAAAGAACGUGCAAUUCUGGUUCAAGAACCGCCGGGCCAAGUGCAAGCGCCUUAAAAUGGCAUUAUUUGAAGGCGAAUCACCUCAGCCGCAUCCUUAUGCCCACGCAGAUUAA